AUGUCUAAAAUUUUUACACCAACUAAUCAAAUUAGAUUAACAAAUGUCGCUAUAGUGAGGUUAAAGAAAGGUGGAAAAAGAUUUGAGAUUGCGUGCUAUAGGAAUAAGGUAUUAUCAUGGAGAAAUAAACUAGAAAAGGAUAUAGAUGAGGUAUUACAAACCCAUACUGUUUUUACUAAUGUGUCAAAAGGUCAAGUUGCAAAGAAAGAAGAUUUAGUCAAAGUCUUUGGGAAAGAUAAUCAAACAGAAAUAUGUAAAGAAAUAUUAGAAAAAGGUGAGCUUCAAGUUUCAGAUAAAGAAAGGCAUUUACAAAUAGAUUCACUUUUCAAAGAUAUAGCCACCACUGUUGCUGAUAAAUGUGUAAAUCCUGAAACGAAAAGGCCAUAUUCUGUAUCAAUCAUAGAAAAGGCAAUGAAAGACUUACAUUUCUCAGUAAAUGUUAACAAAAGCGCUAAACAACAAUCUCUUGAAGUAAUACCAUUAUUAAAAAAUGAGAUACCUCUUGAAAGAGCACAGAUGAGAGUAAGAAUUUUAUUGAGUGGAAAAGAUGCUCGUAAAAUACGAGACAAAGCUGUAAAACUAGCAAUGAAUAUUGAGGAAGAGAAUUGGGAAGCUGGCACAGCACACAUAAUAUGCUUUAUUGAUCCUGGUAGUUUCAGAAUCUUGGAUGAAAUGAUCAGAACAGAAACAAAAGGGAGUGGUCAAUUUGAAUUAUUAAAUUUAAAAGAAAUGAUUGAGGGAGAACAAGCUUUA